AUGGGUCGAAGUAAAUCACAUAACAAAUUAUAUAUAACUAAAACCGAAUGGAUUCAUGAUUUUGGUGGUAAAAAAGAUGGUGAAAAAAAGAAUGCAUUUAGACCAUUACCGUUUUAUUGUUGUUCAUUAUCAUUACAACAUUUAGAUGACCCAAUGUCAAAUGAAAAUGGUAAUUUAUUUGAUUUAGUAUAUUUAAUGCCAUAUAUAAAAAAACAUGGAAAAGAUCCUAUUACAAAUAAACCAUCUACAAUGAAAGAUUAUUUUCCAAUCACGUUUUCUAAAAAUGAAAAUGAUGAAUAUCAUUGUCCAAUUUUAAAUAAAGUAUUUACAGAUUUCACUCAUAUAGUUUGUAUUAAAACAACAGGAAAUGUUUAUAGUUAUGAAGCAGUUAAUAAAUUAAAUAUUGAAGCUAAAAAUUGGAUUGAUUUAUUAAGUGAUAAACCAUUUACAAAGAAUGAUAUAAUUACAAUUCAAGAUCCUGAAAACAGAGCAAAUAAAAAUAAUAUUAGUAAUUUUCAUUUUGUUAAAGAAGGUAUAGAUUUUUCAAAAACAUAUGAUCAAAAUUCAAUCUCAAAUAAUAAUAAUAAUAAUAAUAAUAAUAAUAAUAAUAAUAAUAAUAAUAAUAAUAAUAAUAAUAAUAAUAAUAAUAAUAAUAAUAAUAAUUAUAAUAUAAAAAAUGAAGAUAAUGAAAAUGUUAAUACAAAUGAAGCAACAUCGAGAAUAUUUAAAGAGAUGAAAGAAAAAGGUAUAUUAUUAUCAGAUAAAGAGAAAGAGAAAGCAUUAAAAGUGAAAUUAGAGAAACAAGAGGAAGAACAAGAAAAGAAAUUAAUGACAGAGGAAGAGAAAAAAAAGAUAAUGUUUGAAAAGUUUAAAAAAGAGAAACAAGAGAAAGAGGAUGCAAUAAAGAAACAUGCUGUACAAGCACCCUCUUUUACGAGUACAGGUUUUACAAAGAAACAAUUUGAAGAGGAACAUCCAUCAUUAACAGCGGGAAAGAAAACCAAGAAGAAGGGUUACCUUCAAUUGAAAACCAAUCUUGGUGAUUUAAACAUUCAGUUACAUUGUGAUUUAGCACCAAAGGCAUGUGAAAACUUUUUAUCAUUAAGUGAAAAUGGUUAUUAUAAUGGUGUAACAUUUCAUAGGUUAAUAAAGAAUUUUAUGAUCCAAGGUGGUGAUCCAUCUGGUACAGGUUCUGGUGGUCAAUCAGUUUGGGGAAAACCAUUCAAAGAUGAGUUCUCACCUCUAUUGAAAUACAAUGAACGUGGUUUACUUUGUAUGGCAAAUUCUGGUACAAAUACAAAUGGUUCACAAUUUUUCAUCACCCUCAGAUCGGAUUUACCACAUUUGGAAAGAAAACAUACAAUAUUUGGUAAAGUGGUUGGUGGUUUAGAGGUUUUGAAAACUAUGGAAAUGGUUAAAACCAAUGAAUCUGAUGAUCGUCCAAAUCAUACUAUCAAAAUAAAUGCUAUCAAUAUCUUUGAAAAUCCUUUCAAUUCUUUGGAUGAAGAACAAUUUGAAGAUAAAUUAAAACAAGAGAAAAAAGAAAGAGAAAAGAAACAAUUACCUCAACAAAUUGAUAAAGAUAUUGAAGGUAAUCAAAUCUCCUCUUGGUAUAGUAAUCCAACACCACAACAAAAAGUUUUAAAUCCUUCAAAAGAUGUUGGUAAAUAUUUACCAACAUCCAAUACCAAUACUACUACCACUGCCACAACUUCAUUAGGUAAAAGAUUAAAUAAUUUACCACCUCCAAAAAAUAAUUCUUUAAAAGAAUCUUUAAUUCAAGAACAAUUACAAAAAAAAUCAAAAACAACUGGUGGUUCAUUUGGUAAUUUCUCAAAUUGGUGA